GGCGUUUGGUCUCUAGUGUGCCACGAAGAAACAUACAUACGGACAUUUAAAGACUGUUAAACACUAUACCCUGUCUGCGCGUCGCGAUUCGCGCUCUUGUAUUGUGCAGUCGGGUAAAAACUGAGAGAGAUUAGAGAACACACUCUUUACAGUACACUGAGUCGAGUUCGUUGAAACGAGUUUAUUCUUCGUAAUAUUUUCUUUUUACAUUUCUUUCACUUAAUCUUAAGAGUGAAAGAAACUUUAUGAACUGAAACGCGGAGAAAAAGCAGCCUCUACUGAGUUUCUUGUCGAUUUUUCUCAGAACAAGGCUUUUCCCGACAGUUUGUGAACCGAUGGCGUAUACUUUACAAAUGAAUUUAAUACAGUACAGAGUAAACGAAUUUGCAUCCAUACUGUAUAAAUGAAUUUGAACUGUCAUAUUUUUCACUUUGUCAUUGCCAAAAAGUACUCGCAUGUCAUUGGCAUACAUGUUACUAUAUUCGACUGUACGUAUAACGAGUGGCAUUCUCUAUAAAACCGUCAUGUAUAUUUUUGUACUAUUCCAUUGCAGCAAUAAAAUAAAUCAAUAUAAUAUCAACAGCAUUUGUAGUUGAAGCCCUUCGCUUCAACUACAAAUGCUGUUCUCUUAUUACACACAUUCACGCCUCACAUGUGCAUUUUUAAUUAACAAUUUGAUGUAAUUAUUUACUAACGAUGAAUCUAUUUUCUAUUAAUUGUUGACGAUAACAAUUGUUAUUAAUAUUGCUGUACCUUAUGAUGGUUAAGUACUUAAUUCACAUCAUUAGUCACACAAUCCCAAUUUGCUAUUCCGUAAGGGAUAUUCAGUCGUGUAUGCGUAUGCAUUGUGUGAUUAACGAAGCAAACACAAACACUAUAUGAAGAUGCUCUCGCUGCAGCUAAACUAACUGGGAGUCGGGAGACAAACGCCAUUCAUAAGUAAUUGGACAACGUUUCCAGCAACUAACGACUAAUGAAAUCUGUCCGCAGACAUGCUACGAAAUGGAGAGGUAUCUUCGGGAGGAGCCCCGCGGGAAGCGGCGGGAGCCGUCCAUCGAGGGUGAAGACUGGGCGGUGUCGUCCACCUCCUCUCUCCCCUCGCCUCCGUCGCCACCCUCCCCGCUGUCACCUUCACCGAGGCUGUUGACGAUAACAGCAGUCAAGAGCGAACCCCCCAGUGACUCUGAUGAGCCAAGAGACGCACCCUGUGUGAAGCAGAUGAGUCAUGACCGACCACCGCUGAUCACAGUGACACAGUUCAAGGCCGUCGCCAAUCCGUUGGGAAUCCAACAACGCACUGUUGGAAAACUCAGCGAUUCUGACGAAGCCAAAGGUAAAGACGUCGGUGUUGUAGUCGAUGUUAUGAACCCCCGAGCCCGGCGUUGGUCCGCCGCACCCACGCACCACGGCACCAUUCACACCCUCACGCACACGCUACCGACCCCCGGCGUAGGGUCCAUAGGUGCGAGUUCCCUGCCUGCGACAAGGUCUACACGAAGAGCUCGCACCUCAAAGCGCAUAAAAGAACUCACACAGACCCCCUGGCGCAGGUUCCUAAGGUGCGAGGUCGCUGUCUGCAACAAGGUCUACAUGAAGAACUCGCACCGCAAAGCGCAUAAAAGAACGCACAAGGGUACGAGUUUCCUGCUUGCUACAUGGUCUACACAAAGAGGUCGCACCUCAAAGCGCAUAAAAGAACUCACACAGGUCGGUAUUUGUAUGGAAUUCUUUAGAGUUCUAUAUUGUGAACUAAUUCACCCCACGCACACGCUACGGAUCUCCUGGCGCAGGUUCCUAAGGUGCGAGUUCGCUGUCUGCAACAAGGUCUACAUGAAGAACUCGCACCUCAAAGCGUAUAAUAGAACGCACACGGGUGAGAAGCCAUAUAAGUGUUCAUGGGAAGGAUGCGAGUGGCGGUUCGCACGCUCCGACGAGCUGACGCGACACUAUCGUAAACACACGGGCGCGAAACCUUUCCGCUGCCGUCACUGCGAGCGGUGCUUCUCCCGCUCCGAUCACCUCGCAUUACAUGCCAAGCGGCACGCGUAGCCAUUAAACCCGCCGCCCGCUCCUAAACGGAACCGCAAGCGCACCAAACGCGACAAGAAUUAGCGUUCCGUAAACACAAACGCGCGUCCAUCGUACAAGUGUAACGCCUUUCUUUUGAAGGUCGUCAUUCGUGCGAUAUCGAACUUAUCUCUCAGUGUCGUUGAGUUGGACGCGCGCCUCGGAUUGGGCGGUUAGCGCGCCAAGCGUUGCAAGCCAAAGAAUGCCGCUACACGUCGUAGCCGAGUCAACACUCAUGCACCUAAUGCUUUAAAGUUAUUAUUUUAAUAUUUUUUAAUUUUUAUCAAAAGCGAUGUGUAUUGGAACCUUAUUUCAAAAAAAAUCUCUUUGAUGUUUCGGAGCGAGCCUUUUUAUCGUUACGGUUCUUUGUUGCAAUAAGAGAACGGUUUAUAUUCGUUGUUUAUUAUGUAAUGUUUUUGUAAGCUUUGUGUACAGAGAGCUUUUUAAAGUCGUUCGGUCGCAAAGCGGCCAAACGCCGAGAGUUGUGCCAUCGCCGGCGAGGAACUGCGGUCGCCGACCGCUGCAGGCCCGGCCCAUCCUCGUCGGUCUGCAUUUCAAAUCACGUGACAUAUUAUUUAUUUGGUCCGCGAGAUGUUCGGCAAAUCAACCCACCGAACGCCGAGCACAACCUUUAAUUUAGGCGUAGUAGGAUGUGCGUCGCGUUACCUGAUGUUUUAUCGAUGUUUCGAAUUAGUCACUCUUUGAUCGUCUUUGCAAUUUAACGCAACGUAUGCAUCACAGAAACCAUCUAUAUUAUAUAAUAGAUGAUAUUCAUAAUUUUAUAAUGUAUACUAGACAACUUGGAAAUGAAUAAGGAAUAAAUUAUUAUUAUCAAUAAAAUUUUGAUCAAAUUAUGAUCAUAUUAGGACUAUUAACUCGAUGUACUUGUGCAAUUGUUUCUAACAGUGAGUUAGUUACUGCCCGUAAAAUAUUAGUGACUCUUUCGAAAUAUCGAAAUAUGUUUAAUUUUUAUGUUAAUUAUUAAGGUAAUUUUUAAUGUGUAUAUUACUUUUGUAUAUCUUUCUCUUUACUCUUUCAUUCCCAUGCUUUCGAACCCACUGUGCGGCUUGUAAAACUUAUUCGUUCAGCUCUAAAUAUUGUAUUUCUUUGAUCCGCCUGCACAGCUGGGUUGAUCUUAUGUCUGAUUGUAGCACAUUUGCGCGCUUUAAUGGCAAUCUUAAUAUUCAGUUUAUGUUAGGGAUGUUCGUUUUCUUUUAUAAGAUUCAUGAAACUUCCAUUUUUAAAUAUUUUUGCUAUUGAGUGCGCUUAGGUUAAAUAAUAACCAAACUCGUUUUAAACAAGUUGAUUCUGAGACACAGUCGCUUUUUAGUAAAUGUUUAAUAGUGAUAUUCGACUCGGAAUUGUCGGGUAUUGUCUUUAUAGUGAAAUUAGUAUAAGUAAACUGAAUUACCACCGCUUUUGUAUUGCAAAUUGUUGCUUGAUGUUAAAAAGAUUUAACGUUUCUAAGGAAAACCAGCUGCUUUGUGCUGGUGCCACAUAUUUAUGUAUAUUGUAUGUAAGUGAUUAAUGAUUUAAUUCCAAAUUUUAAUGUCAAUAUUUAUUUUAUAUUAUUGUUGAUUGCGGUUUAUUAAAUUUAUUAGGUUUGCUAAAAUUACUGCUCGUAUAACGAGAUGAACGUUCACAAAUAUUUAUUGCCUGUCACGCAAUAUUUAUUUUAAUUAACUAUUUAAUAAGUAUUGCAACAUAAUUUGUUUACCUUAUUAUAGCAGUCGCCAUAAAUUCAGCAGACUUUGUACAUACAGGGUGUCGUGGUGAUUUAAAAUAGCGUAACUUAGACACGCUCAAUGUAGCAUAAAAUUAUUUUACGAAUUUUAGGAAAUGAUUAAAAAUUCAAGUUUUUAACAAAACCACAAAAUGUUUGGAUGCCUUUUUAUAAUCUAGGCUACGUAAGUACAACGACUGCCUAAAAUCAAUGACGAAAUCAACUGCCGUAUUUAAUAUUUUAGGGAACAUGCGUUUUCGCCGUGUAAACAUAUAAGGCAUUUCUGUUUGGAGUUGUAUAAAGCUAGUAUGCGAUACUAAAAAUAUAUUAGACAAAAUAUUUUUAAACUAGGUAAAUCUUCAUCCUUCCCUUUCUUAUCAGCGACAGACCUACUAAACAAUAAUGUUAAUUUAUCGUUUGCGAUGACCCGCAUCAUGGUAGGUUAUUAACUAAUAAGUACCUUCAUUGUGUCAAGAAAUAAAACAAGUAGUAAUGCAAAACAUAUUUAAUAAUGGUACUUGCAAUUGCAAUGUGGUGUUCAGUGCAUCUUACAGUGAUACAAAUUUAGAAAGACACUACUGUUUCUUACAUCGGCCAAAUGAAUAUAGUUUUAUUAUGCAACAUUUUUAUAGAUGCCGUAACGAAAAGCUGUAAACUUGUGAACAAACGUAUUGUGUCAGUGUAUACCACCACAAUACAUUUAUGAGUUCUAGUAUGCGUGUAAACUACUUAGCAACCAUUUUGAUUAGUCGGGUUAUUAUAUUUUGCUACAGGGGCGUCGAUUGUAAACAUUUGAUUCUUUAAUAUAAAGUAAACACGCUCUUUCGAAUUUUGAAUAGGCCAUGUGUAAAAUGGGUUGCUGUUUUCACAGCCCCGAUUUUUUAAAUUUACGUAUUGGCGACCUACAUCCUGCCUAUAUGUCUAUACGCCCACAUGUUAGUUUACAGCGUUUUGUGACGUAGACUAUAUUUUUAAUUUCUUAACGAUAUUCUAGUAAAUCCACAAGUAGUUACUCUUUCGAAGACAACUUACAAUACACCUUAUUUGGAAUGCCUUACCAAUGCUGAUUCUCGUAUUUCAGAUAUUACUACACUAUUUUACAAUCUAAGUAUGUUCAGAGUGACUCAUUGUUGUUGACGUUUUUACAGCUUUAUAUGUGGGUAUGUCAAUUUAUUGAUUGAGAUUUAAAAAAAAAAACAUUGUGAUAAGAUCGUUAUAAUAUUUUUGACAAUUUGAGAAACAAAUUAACCGUUUCUUAAAUUGACUUUCGUCAAUAUUAAAGUAGCAACUCCAUUGAAAGGCAAAGGACAUAACAGAUGAUUUUUUCUACAGAUUUUGACUUUCGCGCCAUUAGAUAGUCAGCUUUGCAAAAACGGAUAAUUAUCACAUUACUCUAGAAGAGAAGUAAUUCUAAAAAAUAUCUACUUUUAGCCAAUAUCGUUACUGUCACUUUGUGAAUUAUUUCAUCGACAAAUGGUCCUCUCAACUAGUGACCAGUCCUUGUAAGUUAAAUUUUCCCGGGGCCAAUCACAGUCUUCCCGAAAGUAUAGUAAUAUUUCUAAAUCUCGGGAGCUUUAUGUUAUUUUUUGUUAUGAAAGAAGUGUACCGGUUGUUUCGUGAACGUUGGAUUACUAAAUAUUAUGAUGAAUGUGUAUUUAAAGAAUUUAUGUGAACAGUGUUCAUAGAAAUGCAUUUCAGUUAUACUAAAUAGCUUGUAAUAAAAUAGAGAAGUUGAAUGUAAUUUUACUAAUAUUUAAUAAAAUGUCGCCUAACGGUUUUUUGUUGCACCACAAGUUGUAGAUGAAUUUAUCGAUGUUAUAUUUAUUAAUUGGAAUAUCUUCGUUGUAAAUAAAAAGAUACAAAACUUUGAUUUUCAACAUUUAAAAUUUAAAGGUGCGUCGGCAUAGACGAAUGUGCGCAAGAAAGAUGUUCUCAAGUUGCUUCCAAGUCUUUUUAAUAUAGGGGCAGUUAUGAAAAUUGCUUAGUUUAAUGCAGAUUUUAGGAACUGAUAAAGCCCAAACAAAACACGUAAUUGGAGAAUAUUCGGUGCAUAUAAAAUUAUGUAAUCAUACAGCACAUACGCUAUCUAUUGGCGUUUGAUUUUACAAAAGUCUUUGCAUAUUUUUUUCGAUUAAUAAGCAUGCGCGCGUGUUAACGCAAACCUAACCUUUAACUAUUGUAUUGUAACAAUAUUUUCUUACAAUUUAAAAAUAUAAUGGCGUGGUUCCUAUCAUUGUAGCAUCACAAAUAAAUCUUUCAUGUAAUUAUAUUAACCGGUUGUGGAUUUGAAAUGUUCGAUUGAAACGUGUUUGUAAUUCAUAGUAUCAACUUUUAAUACGUAAACUUAAUCAAAUGAAACAGUUUAUUAAAUUAUAGGCAUAUGUAAAUCGAAUUAAUAUUAAAGUAUGAAAUCGUAGAACAUAUAGAUAAAUAAUAUGGUGAGGAAAAAGAGUCGUUCCCAUUAAUUUAUUUUUGCGCCGUCUUUCGUGAGUUAAUUGUGAAUUUUUACACGUGUAAUUACAAAUAUACAAUGUUCCAUAUUUUGAAAACUCAUCAAUGUAAUAGUAUGUAUAUUUCAAUGUAUUAGUGUAACUACAUAUUUGAAUAUUGUGAAAUGUUUAUACUAAGUAUGUACUAAAAACUAAAUGUGAUUCAUAAUAAGUUUAUCCGACAUUAUAGGCAUUCAUAGAAAUUAUAAUAAUGAUAUUGUAAUGUUUCAUAGAGCAAGAAUUAAGAGUAUGUAUGUAUGUAUUUGUAACGAUACACUAUGCUUUAAGAGCAAUAGGUGUGACUAGGUAUCUACAUACAAAUAUUUAUUAUGGUAAUAUUAUUAAUAAUAUAAUAUGCACAACGGCUGGAAAAUGCAAAUUCGUAGUCGAGUAGUUAAAAAAAUAAUAAACAUAAUUUUUAUGUGAAUUAUUGAAUAAAUAUAUAACUGAAUAUUUAAGGAAGUAAAUGAAAUAUACUUUGAUAAAUAAAAAUCAAAUCGAAAUAAUUGCGGCUGUGUAAGUAAGAAUCAACAGUGCAUUAAAACUACGUUUCUAUUAAGGAUUUACAAUCGAAAUUCUGAGUUCCUAAGUUCGCUGAACUUUAGUAAAAGUCCUCAAAUAAUAGGGAUGAUGACGGGGUAGAGUAAACGAAAUUCUAUUAAGUCCGUCAGUAAGAUUAUAUAAAAUUAACGAACACAUAUGUUUUCCUUUUUAAUGAACCGAAAAAUUUCAAAGAUGAAGCACGUCAUAGCUCGUGACGUCACUUCUAAGAAAAAAUUGUACCAAGUCGUGGUGUCAUGCGACAUUUCAAAUCAUUAUACCUCUGUAAUGUUUCGAUUAUGUGAAUAAAGAAAAAAAACUUUCCAAUACUUUUUGAUAAUCUACCUGAUUAACAAAGAAAAAAAAGUAAGUCAUCAUCCGUAUUCUGAAGUCAACAUCUACAAGACCCUGUAGUUACUAUCGCUUAAGCUAGCACUUUCCAUGGCUAUUAUAUAUUUGCUAUGCUUAAAUUUGUCAGCAGUAAAACAGUAUACAUAAGUGUAAUGCCGGUAAUUAAAGAUGGUGUCUCAAUCGUAAGUGAAAUACAUCAAUAAAUCUCUUAGUCUAUUAAAAUUCCUAAAUAGUGUCCACUCUAUACGAAUAUAGAUGCGAGGUCGAUUCAGUGUCCACCUUCUGCGUGUUUUUUUAAAUCUUUAUAUCAGUAAACUCUUAAGUGUCGUCGCACACGGGCCACACGGGCCACACGCCACAGCCACAAACGCCGCCACGAGAAGCUAGAAGCUGCUACUAAAGCGCGGCUGUAGCGCGCGACAGCGGCCGACUAAGGUAAGGGAGAGAGGGGUGGGGAAUCGCGCGAGCCACGUGUGGCGGCUUUUUGUAUCGGUGCAUUAAGUGGCCGGUACGGGCCAUAAGAAGUGAGCAAUGACGAUUUGUAGCGUGUGGCGGCCACCGGCGCGGCGUAUCAUGUGUGGCGAGUCCAUAUAAAAUGUAUGAAAACUACAAGAAAUAUGCCGGUGGCGGCGUUUUGUGGUUGUGGUCCCGUGCGCGGCGACACUAAAGUACUGAUGUUUAUUGGAAAUGAGGUUUCAAGCUUUGUUCUCUUAUAGUACAAAUUUUAUAUUAGAAAUGCGGACUCUACACCUGUCUGAUAAACAUAUUUUAAAAAAUCCUGCAGCAGCACCUGUCGUGUAGAGUUGUAAAUCAAGUCGUUUUCUAAUUUUUUGAGCAUCUUUCUGUUUUUUUUUCUGUAAGAACUUAUAGGGAGGUAUAAUAUUGUUUAUGAUACUGGACUUAAGUUUAUGGUCUGAGUACUUUUUCUAAAAGCUAAUGCACAUAGUUACUCAGAAUUAGGAUGUGGACCCUUAAUGGGAACGCAGGUGUGCAUUAUUAUCAUAAUGGGUCUUGCCGUGCCUUUAAACAUUUGUUUGUGAAGUAUCCUUCAUAUUUUCUUCUGUAAUUUCAUUCAAAUAUUUAUUUUAAAUACUUACUAUGCUGAAAUUAAUCACAACGUCAAUUUCUAGAUAUUUAUUAAUCACUAAACAUUAAUAUUUUUUUUUUAAAUAUAAUAAAGAUUCUUAAAUUUGAUGUUACAAGAUUAAAUUAAACUGUGACAGGACUGAUAUAAAACUCCCUUUAAUGAAUAAAUAAAAACAAAUUCGUGCCACAAUAUAACAUGAAAAAAUAUCUCAUUUAAUAAUAAUCAUCUGUUAGGUAAUUUAUUUAAUUUAGAUGUUGAAUAUUGUUUUUAUUACAAGACACGUUGAGACCUGUUAUCAUAAUUUAUCAUAUUAUUACAAUGCGAAUAUUUAAAAUCUUCAACCUGUAUAUAAUGAAAUUAUACGUAUAUAAACCUACUGAAUUAUGAUGCACGUUUUUAUUAAUAGAUGGCUAUUUUUUAAUCCCGUUUGUUUUCGUUUCGAUCACAAUACUUUUCACAUCACUUAUUAAGUCUUAAGUAUUAUAUUUUAUUAGUUUAUUUCAAAGUUUAUUUUACGGUGCCUUAUUUUAACACUGAUUACCUAGUAGUGGAGUUUUAAGAUGCAUGAAAGUAUUAUUAUUUUUUAUUGUCAAUUUAUCUACAAAUGCUGUUUAAGCUUUUUUUAUUACAUUCCAGUGUCACUUAACUCGGUCGGUUUAUAUUUGAAGACGGAGAAGGUGGAUGGCAUGGAUGCAUUUAUUUAAACAUAAAAUUUUCCUUAUUUAUUCCGAAAUUAAUGAAACAUUUAUUUUAUGUGUUGUGAAGCGCAUAUAUUUUUUAUUUGGUGUUAAUCUUAAAAUCAAUUCUAAAGCCAAAUAAUGGUAUUAAAUUAACUAUAAACGAUUAAUAUUAGCUUCCAUAUAGUCAGGCUAAAGGUUGUCUUUUCAUACCGAUCGCUGAGUUGUGUUAAAAAUUGUUUAAGUUUGCUCCACUGGUAACAGAACAGAUGAAAUUUGUGCAAUUUCCACUGAGGUUCUACCUAUACAACUUGCGUCUCCAAUCCAAGAUCAACUAUGUCAUAUAUAUACAUUAAAACUUCCCUUGAUUUUUUCUAGGACACGGAACUUUAACAAUGCAGUAACCAUUUCAGGAAACGUUAUUAAUGAUUUGUCCGUUUACAUUGUUAAUUGCGAAUAAAUAAAUAAAAAUUGUUAUUAAUUUUGAAUGAUUUAAUAUAUCUUCAGACACUUAAUACUAACAAGACUGGGGCAUUAUUUUGCCCUCUUAGUGGAAGAAUAUGAAAAUGCAAAAUAAAACAAAAGAAAGAUGCAUCCAUGCCUUCAACCUAAACAGAAUAAUGUGUAUUAUCUUGUAGAUUUAAUUAAAGAAGCAACGGCUUUUCAAAAUUCUUCCAACGGGUCGUGCGUCUGUAUAUAAGUAAUGAAACAUUUACAUAGAUAUAAUCAUAAAUAUUUACAAGGAUAUGAUAAUUUUAAUGAUUAUUAUUUAACAUUAUUGACUGGGCAGGACCAUUGGCGCAAAUGGCUGGUGCAAUGGUCUUGUCCAAAUUGCAGUGGGAACUACUCAAUACACGAUGGAUCUAAAAAAAAAUAUGUCGAGUUAGGAAUUAUCAUAACUUAUUUUUAAACUGCUUACUUAUGCACUGAUUUCGGAUUAACUUUAAAUUCCUAUAAUUAUUGUGGUUAAGCUUUAUAUUUAAUGUCGUAUUUUAAUAGAAAAUUGUAUGUAGUUUGAGUGGUUCCUGCGAUCCUUUUCCUUUGAUAAACGGUGACCAUGUGAGGAGAUUUACCCAAUAUUUAAGAAUUUUAUGUUUUCUGAUGUGAAUUGAAUGUAUUGUAUGUUUGCCCCGUCGCGUGGGGUAGUGAGUUACGUAGCAUAUUGCAUUUUAUAUUAAUAAAUUUUUCUUAUAUGUGGUUAUGUGCGUUUUAUUGGAUCGUCGUAGACUUACCCUUUUGUGCGAGAUGUUCUUCAUCACAAACGUUCUGCAAGAUAAUGAAGCUGCACUUAAACAUGCUACGGUUGUAAAUCAAAGGUAAGCUAUCUAGGUAGUACUAGGAUUACUACUUAAUAAUGAACACUCAAAGGAUUUUCACUUAGAAUGUUUGUGAAUUUCAAUAGUAGGUAUCACGAAAGAUAAUAUUCUAUCACUGCCACAAGUCGAAGCGAUAUAACUUUAUGUUAGAUAUU